UCCUUCCAGCGGCUCCGCAAGUCCUGGAGGAGGGCAUUGGGGAAGGUGUCCUCGGAAGAAGGCUUCUCUCAGGACCAUUGCUCUGGGGUUCUGGGUGGAUUUGGAGGGAGCCUCGGGUUUGGACCAGGUCCCCUCCAACUCCCCCAUCUCCCACGCCAGGUUACGUAAGGAGGUCAGCAGGCUUCUUAAGAUCGUCCCGCUGCUCUUCCUGCUAUGAUGCCUGGGCAGAUCCCAGACCCUUCCGUGACCGCGGGCUCUCUGCCGGGGCUCGGACCCCUCUCCGGACUCUCCAGCUCCGCCCUGACUGCAGAGGAGCUGAAAUACGCCGACAUCCGCAACAUUGGGGCCAUGAUAGCGCCCUUGCACUUCCUGGAGGUGAAACUGGGCAAGAGGCCCCAACCCGUGAAGAGUGAGCUCGAUGAGGAAGAAGAGCGGAGGAAACGGCGCAGGGAGAAGAACAAGGUGGCCGCGGCCCGAUGCCGAAACAAGAAGAAAGAGCGCACGGAGUUUCUGCAGCGGGAGUCGGAGCGGCUGGAGCUCAUGAACGCCGAGCUCAAGACCCAGAUCGAGGAGCUGAAGCUGGAGCGGCAGCAGCUCAUCCUCAUGCUCAACCGCCACCGCCCCACGUGCAUCGUGCGGACCGACAGCGUCAGGACCCCCGAGUCCGAGGGCAGCCCACUGCUGGAGCAGCUGGACAAGAAGUGACCGACCGUGGGCCACGAGGAGGAGCCGGAAGAGGAGAGGCGAGAGGGGAAGAGGAGCGGGCUCCCGGAGCCCUGGCUUGGCGCAUGAGAAACUUUAUCCCUUGGGGCUUGGGGCGGCCAGACCCUGGCCCGCUCCUUGAUGAGACUCGGGCUCAGUAGCACGAGGGAAAGAACCAGUCAAGGAAACCCGGGAGGACCGAGCGCUGAGACCAAAGCUGAGCUGGGGUUAAGGGCUGUCCAGCUUGAAGGCCACCCGGGGCCAGAGAGGUGCCCAAGCAGGCCGCCUUGUGGGGUACCACUCUGGCCUCACCACCAAGACCCCCACCGGAGGGACCACCGAGCAGCCAGGACAAGCCAUAAGUUGCAAUCAAGAUUUGGCAGAGGAUGGAGCUCUGCACAUACUGCAGUCCACCUGCCCACAGCCGUGCCCGAGCCUGGUGGAAAGGGGCACGCUGCGGGCCUGCAACAGCCCUGACCCCCGUGGUGCCGCUUGCAGCACCCUGGGACUGGAGCACCCUGGGCUUGGAGGACCUGGAGCACCCUUGCAGGCCCUGCUGGAGUUUGCUGAGGCACUGAGGCGCAGGCGCCCUUCCAAAGCACACACUUACUGAAUGUUUACAGACUGGCUGUCCUGGCCGGGCUUCCAACUGCACAUGGUUGUUUUUUUUUUUUUUUUUUUUUUAAAUAUUUUCAUUCUUUUUUUUUUAAAUAUUUUUUACAAAAAAAAAAGAUUUUAUACAAGCAAUAUAUAUAUGGAUUUCUAUAAUCACUCGAUGUGAUAUAGUGCGAUAUGCUAUGGGUUUUUUUUUUGUUGUUACGGACAGAUAGAUACCCACCAGUUAGGGCCGUUGUGUGUAACUCCUAAGUACUGUAUUCUCUGGGUGUCCAGGGGUGGCCAGGCAGGUGAGGUGUUUCCAUUCUUGUAAACCCUUCCUAGUACUCAGUCCUGUAUCGCUCAGUAAACAUUGCUCUUACUUA